AAGAGAGGGAGCACACAAGUUGCAACGCGAGUCGUAAACGUAAAUAUGUGCAACGUAGAAGCAAGGCGGAAAUAUGUGAACGUGUUGAUAAAUGGAACACCUGUUAAGCUGCAGCUCGAUACGGCGUCCGAUAUCACAGUGAUCAGCGAGGGGCUAUGGAGGGAUGUCGGACAGCCUCCUUUGAUGGCAGCAACAGUAAAAGCGAAGACAGCCUCGCAAAAUUAUCUGCAACUAAAGGGUGAGUUUGAUGCAUCAAUAACCAUCGCUUCUAGAACUCAACAGGCAACAAUCCGAGUCGCACGGGCCAACCUUUUCCUGCUGGGAGCGGACGUGGUGGAAGCUUUUGAGCUCGGAUCAAUCCCGAUGGACCAGUUCUGUAGUAACAUCGAUGCGGUGAGUACACCUGAGUCAGUAUGGGAGAAGCGUUUUCCGACAGUUUUCAAGGGCAUGGGGCUUUGUUUAAAAUCGCGCAUAAAAUUGGAAAUAAAAGAGGGCAGUCACCCUGUAUUUCGUCCUAAGCGCCCCGUGGCUUAUGCAAUGCUACAGACUGUCGAUGAAGAACUGGACCGUUUGGAAGCCCUGAAAGUCAUUACUCCCGUGGAUUACUCGGAUUGGGCUGCCCCUAUAGUGGUUGUACGGAAGGCAAAUGGAAAAAUCAGGAUUUGCGGUGAUUACUCGACAGGGCUGAAUGACAUCCUACGACCACAUGAGUACCCGCUUCCACUGCCAGAGGACAUUUUUGCUAAGUUAGCCCGAUGCCAAAUUUUCAGUAAGAUUGAUCUCUCCGAUGCUUUUCUUCAGGUGCAGAUUGAUGAAAAAUUUCGCCCGCUGCUAACAAUAAAUACCCAUCGUGGGCUAUACCACUACAACCGUCUACCGCCCGGCAUAAAAAUAGCCCCAGCAGCAUUUCAACAACUGAUUGAUACCAUGUUGGCAGGAAUAACAGGAGUUUGCGGCUAUAUGGAUGAUCUCAUAAUUGGAGGUAUGUCAGACAAAGACCAUGAUAAUACGCUAAAUCUUGUACUAAAACGAAUUGAGGAAUUUGGUUUCACAUUACGACCUGACAAAUGUGUGUUUAAAAUGUGUCAGAUUAAAUAUCUUGGGCAUGUAAUCGAUGGCAGGGGAAUACGUCCUGACCCUGAAAAGAUUAGCGCUAUACAGAAUUUACCAGCCCCCACCGAUAUUGCCGGAGUUAGAUCUUUCCUAGGGGCAAUUAAUUAUUAUGGAAAAUUUGUUCCAAUGAUGCGCGAUCUAAGAUUCCCCCUUGAUAAUCUUCUAAAGAACGAAAAACAAUUUAAAUGGACAACAGAAUGCGAAGCAGCUUUCAAGAAAUUUAAAGAAAUACUGUCAUCAGAGCUGCUAUUAACACACUACGAUCCUACGGCAGAAAUAAUUGUAUCAGCAGACGCUUCAUCCGUUGGAAUCGGAGCUACUAUUAGCCAUAAAUUUCCAGAUGGAAGCGUUAAGGUUAUACAGCAUGCUUCACGAGCGCUGACCAAUGCGGAGUUUAACUACAGUCAGAUUGAUCGCGAAGGCUUGGCCCUCGUUUAUGCAGUUACCAAGUUCCAUAAGAUGCUAUACGGCCGUCAUUUCAGACUCCAAACAGACCACCGUCCCCUGCUCCGGAUUUUUGGCUCGAAGAAAGGCAUUCCCGUCUAUACAGCUACCAGAUUGCAGCGAUUUGCCCUGACCAUGCAGCUGUACGACUUUUCUAUUGAGUACGUGCAAUCAGGACAUUUCGGGAAUGCAGACAUCCUCUCGCGGCUUAUAAGACACCACGUGAAACCGGAACGCGAAUACAGACGUAGAACAAAGUACGCAAUCGGAUUCUUUGCUGCGAGAGGUUUAUCGUUAUAUACAAGAAGGCUGGCCGCGUGAGACUAGCUACGGCUCGGAAUUAGCGCGUUUCCAUGACCGCAAAGAGGCACUAUCGACGGUUGAAGGGUGCAUUUUGUUCGGGGAGAGGCUGGUUAUACCCGCAGACCUGCGAACACAGUGCUUGGAACAGCUCCACCGUGGUCAUCCAGGAAUCCAACGGAUGAAAUCGCUUGCGCGAAGUUAUGUGUACUGGCCACUGAUGGACAAUGAAAUAGUAGAGUACGUAGCUACUUGUGAACUGUGCGCAGCGGCUGCCAAGUCACCACCUCAAGCAAUACCAGCACCGUGGCCGAAACCUUCCGGCCCUUGGCAACGACUACAUGUGGACUACGCUGGGCCAAUUCAGGACGCCUACUUCCUAGUAGUGGUGGACGCGUUUUCCAAGUGGCCAGAAAUUAUAAAAACUUCCACAACUACUACACGAGCUACGGUUGCCAUAUUACGAGGAUUAUUUGCACGUUUCGGAAUGCCCCUUACAAUUGUGAGUGACAAUGGGCCGCAAUUCACAAGUGAUGCAUUUAAGGAAUUCUGUGAGAGCCGCGGCAUUCAACAUAUAACUACGCCACCAUUUCAUCCGCAGUCCAACGGACAGGCAGAGCGGUUUGUAGACACCCUAAAGCGCGCAUUAAGAAAGAUACAAACAGGAGACAUGUCUAUAGAUGAGGCGCUGGACACUUUUCUGCAGUCUUAUCGUACCACGCCUAAUCCGGCGCUUGAGGGGAAUGAAACGCCAGGGGAAUUGAUGGUUAAGUUUUCCGUAAGAACCCACCUCGAUCUUUUGCGCCCGCCAACUAUAAUUGAAAGGGAAACUAAUAUCGUUUAUGGAGGAUUUAUGCCAGGUGACGCUGUUUUAACAAAAGUGUAUGGGCGGAAUUCAUGGAGAUGGAUAUCGGCUGAAGUGAUAAGUAAGUUGGGGAACGUCAUGUAUCAACUAAAAGGGUCAGAUGGCAGAAUGCUCCGAAGACAUCAAAACCAAAUGCGGAAGCGAGCAUCGAAGGACAUCCCUCAGAUACU